GAACGCCAUCAGCCGUGGCGAGACACCUGGGGAGCGCAAAGCGGGGGCGACGCGGGGCGACGCGCGGGCACACGCAGGGGGACGGGCGGCCGCGGAGGGCGGGAGGCCGGCGGCGGCGCGCCGGCUCCCCACGGCCGGGCGGGCAGAAGCCCCCAGUCCUCGGCCCCCGCGCAAGCGACGCCGGGAAAUGCCCACAUCCGGGAAACCUGCAGCGGAGUGCGGCGGCGGCGACACCGAGUGGAAGGCAAAAUGGCGGCGGCGGCGGCGGCCUGGUGCUGAGGGGAGAGCCAGGUCCCCGCGACCUCCGCGACGGGCCGCGCUGGCCCGCGGCAGCCCCCCGGCGUCUCUGCCCGCCCUGCCCCACCGGGGACACUUGGGGUCCCUGGGACGGGCUCCGGCCGCCUCGACGCCCGCCCUCGGGCCCGUGCCGCUGUCCAGGAGCCCCGCUCUCUGCAGAUUGUAAAGAACUUUAACAUUCCUGGGGACUUCUACAAAGGAUCUUUUUACAGUUUUGCUCAAGGAAAAGCUCUGAAUCUAUCAAGUAGCUCUUAAAGAAGUCCUUUGUGUGGGUUAUAUAUAUAGAUGUUUUCAUGAAGAGAAGUGAAAAGCCAGAAGGAUAUAGACAAAUGAGGCCUAAGACCUUUCCUGCCAGUAACUACACUGGCAGCAGCCGGCAGAUGCUGCAAGAAAUUCGGGAAUCCCUUAGGAAUUUAUCCAAACCAUCUGAUGCUGCUAAGGCUGAGCAUACCAUGGGUAAAAUGUCAGCUGAAGAUCCUCGACAAGUCAGAAAUCCACCCAAAUUUGGGACGCAUCAUAAAGCCUUGCUGGAAAUUCGAAACUCUUUACAACCAUUUGCAAAUGAAACAAGUCGGAGUACUUCAGAGAUUAAUCCUCAGAUGCUUCAGGAUUUGCAAGCUGCUGGAUUUGAUGAGGAUAUGGUUAUACAAGCUCUUCAGAAAACUAAUAACAGAAGUAUAGAAGCCGCAAUUGAAUUCAUCAGUAAAAUGAGUUACCAAGAUCCUCGACGGGAACAGAUGGCUGCAGCAGCUCCCAGACCUAUUAAUGCCAACCUGAAGUCAGGGAAUGUGCAACAAUCAGUUAACCGCAAACAAAGCUGGAAAGGCUCUAAAGAAUCCUUAGUUCCUCAGAGACAUGGCCCACCACUGGGAGAAAGUGUCGCCUAUCGUUCUGAAAGUCCCAACUCACAGACAGAUGUAGGAAGACCUUUGUCAGGAUCUGGUAUAACAGCAUUCUCUCAAGCUCACCCUAGCAAUGGACAGAGAGUGAAUCCCCCACCACCUCCUCAAGUAAGGAGUGUCACUCCUCCACCACCUCCAAGAGGCCAGACUCCCCCUCCAAGAGGUACAACUCCGCCUCCCCCGUCAUGGGAACCAAACUCUCAGACAAAGCGCUAUUCUGGAAACAUGGAAUAUGUCAUCUCCCGAAUCUCUCCUGUUCCACCUGGAGCCUGGCAAGAGGGCUAUCCUCCACCACCUCUUAACACGUCCCCAAUGAAUCCUCCUAAUCAGGGACAAAGAGGCAUUAAUUCUGUGCCUGUUGGCAGACAACCAAUCAUCAUGCAGAGUUCUAACAAAUAUAACUUUCCACCAGGGAGACCUGGAAUUCAGAACAGUAGUGGUCAGACUGACUUUAUGAUACACCAAAAUGUUGUUCCUGCUGCUGUGAAUCGGCAGCCACCCCCUCCGUAUCCUCUGACCCCAACUAAUGGACAGAGCCCUUCUGCUUUACAGACAGGAGGCUCUGCUACUCCUUCAUCAUAUACUAAUGGAAAUAUUCCUCAGUCUAUGAUGGUGCCAAACAGAAAUAGUCAUAACAUGGAACUUUAUAACAUUAACGUACCCGGACUGCAAACGGCUUGGCCUCAGUCAUCUUCUGCUCCAACCCAGUCAUCCCCGAACAGUGGGCAUGAAAUCCCUGCAUGGCAACCUAACAUACCAGUGAGGUCAAAUUCUUUUAAUAACCCAUUAGGAAAUAGAACAAGUCAUUCUGCUAAUUCUCAGCCUUCAGCUACCACAGUCACUGCUAUUACACCAGCUCCCAUUCAGCAGCCUGUGAAAAGUAUACGUGUAUUAAAACCAGAGUUACAGACUGCUUUAGCACCCACGCACCCUUCUUGGAUACCACAGCCAAUCCAAACUGUUCAACCUAGUCCCUUUUCUGAGGGUACUGCUUCAAAUAUGACCGUUAUGCCACCUGUUGCUGAAGCUCCAAACUAUCAAGGUCCACCACCACCUUAUCCAAAACAUCUGCUCCACCAAAACCCAUCUGUCCCUCCGUAUGAAUCAGUCAAUAAAUCUAGCAAAGAGGAUCAGCCGACCUUGUCCAAGGAAGACGAGGCUGAAAAAAAUUAUGAAAAUGUUGAUAAUGGAGAUAAAGAAAAGAAACAGAUUACCACCUCGCCUAUCACCGUUAGGAAAAACAAGAAAGAUGAAGAGCGGAGGGAAUCUCGUAUUCAAAGUUAUUCUCCUCAGGCGUUUAAAUUCUUUAUGGAGCAACAUGUAGAAAAUGUACUCAAAUCUCAUCAACAGCGUCUACAUCGCAAAAAACAAUUAGAGAACGAAAUGAUGCGGGUUGGAUUAUCUCAAGAUGCCCAAGAUCAAAUGAGAAAGAUGCUUUGCCAAAAAGAGUCUAAUUACAUCCGUCUUAAAAGGGCUAAAAUGGACAAGUCUAUGUUUGUGAAGAUAAAGACAUUAGGAAUAGGAGCAUUUGGUGAAGUCUGUCUAGCAAGAAAAGUAGAUACUAAGGCUUUGUAUGCAACAAAAACUCUUCGAAAGAAAGAUGUUCUGCUUCGAAAUCAAGUUGCUCAUGUUAAAGCUGAGAGAGAUAUCCUGGCCGAAGCUGACAACGAAUGGGUAGUUCGUCUUUACUAUUCAUUCCAAGAUAAGGACAAUUUAUACUUUGUAAUGGACUAUAUUCCUGGGGGUGAUAUGAUGAGCCUAUUAAUUAGAAUGGGCAUCUUUCCAGAAAAUCUGGCACGGUUCUACAUAGCAGAACUUACCUGUGCAGUUGAAAGUGUUCAUAAAAUGGGUUUUAUUCAUAGAGAUAUUAAACCUGAUAACAUUUUGAUUGAUCGUGAUGGUCAUAUUAAAUUGACUGACUUCGGCCUCUGCACUGGCUUCAGAUGGACACAUGAUUCUAAGUACUAUCAGAGUGGUGACCAUCCACGACAAGAUAGCAUGGAUUUCAGUAAUGAAUGGGGUGACCCCUCUAACUGUCGAUGUGGUGAUAGACUGAAACCAUUGGAGCGGAGAGCUGCACGCCAGCACCAACGAUGUCUAGCACAUUCUUUGGUUGGGACGCCCAAUUAUAUUGCACCUGAAGUGUUGUUACGAACAGGCUAUACACAGUUAUGUGAUUGGUGGAGUGUUGGUGUCAUUCUUUUUGAAAUGUUGGUGGGACAACCUCCUUUCUUGGCACAAACACCAUUUGAAACACAAAUGAAGGUAAUCAACUGGCAAACAUCUCUUCAUAUCCCACCACAAGCUAAACUGAGUCCUGAAGCCUCUGAUCUUAUUAUUAAACUCUGCCGAGGACCAGAAGAUCGCUUAGGCAAGAAUGGUGCUGAUGAAAUAAAAGCUCAUCCGUUUUUUAAAACAAUUGAUUUCUCCAGUGACCUGAGACAGCAGUCUGCUUCAUACAUUCCUAAAAUCACACACCCAACAGAUACAUCAAAUUUUGAUCCUGUCGAUCCUGAUAAGUUAUGGAGUGAUGAUAAUGAGGAAGAAAAUGUAAAUGACACUCUCAAUGGAUGGUAUAAAAAUGGAAAGCACCCUGAACAUGCUUUCUAUGAAUUUACCUUUCGGAGAUUUUUUGAUGACAAUGGCUACCCAUAUAAUUAUCCAAAGCCUAUUGAGUAUGAAUAUAUUAAUUCACAAGGCUCACAGCAACAGUCAGAUGAAGAUGAUCAGCACACAGGCUCAGAGAUCAAAAUCGUGAUCUAGUGUAUGUUUAACACAGUAGGAAAUAAUUAUAAUGAGGAUUUGCAAAAAGGCCUGAAAUGCAAGGUUUUUUGAAACUCAGAGUAAAAUUAUGCAAGUGUGACAGGGCUCUGUAUAUUUGCUCUGUGUACAAUAUUUUAUGUUCCUAAAUUAUGGGAAACCCUUUUAAAAUGAUAAUUUAUUUCAGCCUUUUUAAUCAGUAACUUAGAAAAAAAUUGUUAUAAAGAAAGUAAAUUAUGAGCUGAAUAUUAUAGUCAGUUCUUGGUACUUAAAGUACUUAAAAAAUAGUGCUUUUUUUAAAAGAAGAGCCUGGUAUCUAUUUGUACAUAAUGCUAAAUAAUUUUAAAAGACAAGAAUUUUUGAAAUUUUUUUUGAAAGACAGUUUUAGUUUUACCUUGCUUUAACCAAAUAUGAAAUAUAUCCCACAUAUACAGAGCUCUUUUUUUUUGUUCCGCCAUACCUUUGUUUUUGGAGAAAAAAAUAAGCUAUAGAAAUUAAGCCAUCAUGGUGGUGAGUAUUCCUAGACUAAUGGUAAUCUGUAUAAUUCACAUUUAGGAACUAAUAAAUACAAGGUUGAAACAAUAUGUUCAUGAGAACAAAAAAUAAUGCAGUUUAUUUUUUUCCCCUCUGUGGAAUAUUUAAUUUUCUAAUGUAUCUCAAGAAUUACUGGCUUUAAAAGAAGCAAAGCACUACCAUUUUUCUUUCUGUAUUGGUACUUUUAAUGCUGCUUUCAGUUUUAAAGGGAACAAAGCUGCCAUAAAUUUAACUUUUCAAUAAUCAAAGCUAAGAUCUUUCAUGGAGUCCCUGCUGUGGUGCAACAGGAUCCUCAGCAGCACUGCAGCACUGCAGUGAUGCAGUGUUCAGGUUAAGGUCGCAACUGUGGAUGGAUCUGAUCCCUGGCCCAGGAACUCCAUAUGCAGUGGGGCAGCCAAAAAAUAAAUAAGCUAAGAUCUUUCAUAUUUGAAAUUAAAAAAAAAUUCUACAUCCUUAGCAGAGAGAUUACUUUCAAUAUUAUAUUAAACUUUGGUUAGAAAUUUUUGGAUACUUACUAGAAAAGGACUUUUUCUAUACAGUUUUUUUUGUUUGUUUUUUUCUUUUUGGCUGCUCCACGGAAUAUGGAGUUCCCUGGCCAGGGAUCAGAUCCCAGCAGCGGUUGCAACCUACCGAAGAUCCUUUAACCCACUCUGGCGGGCCAGGAAUUGAACCUGCAUCCUUCAGUGAUGCCGCUUAUCCCAUUGUGCCACAGCAGGAACUCCUGAUUUAUGUCAUCUGUGAUGGUAAUAGAUUUCCUCUUUCAGAACAGUGCUGCAUACACGAAUUGUUACUGGCAAAGGAAAAUCUGGCUGUUUGGCUAUAUGUUACCUGUGGGCAGAUUAAUUGGUGAAAACUUGCUAUUUAACUCCUAAUUAAGGUGGUCAUUAAUAAUUAGGAAAAAAAUACCUAGUGGUCUUAGUGGAAAAUUCAAAUCCUAACUUAUUUAAGGUUGGAUACAUUUUUCAGCAUUACUAUUAUAUAUAAUACUUAGAUUUUAAGGACAACUUGUGGUUUCAUACCAAAAUACAUUUAGCUUAUCUUUUAGGAAGGGGGAAAGGGCUGUAUUCUGACAUUAGUAAAAUUUGCAUUUUAUUUCCUUUUCUUAAGCUCCACUGAUAGGAAAUUAUUUUAUGAAAACUUAAUAUUUGUGGAUAAGAGCAUAAUUUUAGUGAUUUUUUUUCAAAUCUUUAGCUUUCUUCAUAGAAAAGCUAAUGGAAUCAUAUAUCUAAGUAGAAUUAAAGGCAGAGCUGUUCCAGUCGAAUUGGGAAGGGCAGAGAAGAUUUAUUAGCUCACACUUCCCACUUGUUUAUAGGUGGCCUUCUUAGAGCUCAACUUGUAAACCAUUGCUUAACCCACUGUAAUGGUGGGUCUUUGGGAGUCAUUGGUCCUUUUGAGAAUCUGAUGAAAGCUGUGGGCUCCCUUUCCAGAAAAAUGCACGUCAAUACAUACACAUAAAAUGUUGCAUGCAGUUUAGGGAUUUGGGACCUGUUGAAACCUGUCACCAACUCUUAGUUAAGAACCUCUGUCCUAUAAGAACACUGAUAUGUUAAACUAAGAACUUUGUUUUAAAUUUACUGAUUAGUACUCAAAUUAGCACAUCUUGUAUAAACACUGAUAAUUUAUGAUGGGAAAAGGUCCGUACCAUGUGAUAAGAUAUCCUUUUGAAUGCCUCUCUUGCGGGUACAGAACUCAGACAUUUUAAACAAACCGUUUUGAGGGCACUGAAAUAGAUGUUGGCUUGUUAACAGGUUUGAUAUGGAAAUAUUUCUGAAGGACUUCUACUCAGAGAAUUGUAAGAAAAUGCACUAUAUAAGAUGGCAUUCUUCACUUCAUGGAACAUUUGAUUAGUCCUUUAAAAUUCUCUGCAAAACAUAUCAGUUCAAGAACUUUAACUCAAUACUGAAAUUUUAAAAUUAUCUCUCUUGCUCCCAGGCUUUCUCAGUCAGAUUUAUUUAAGAUUCUGCUUAGUUGUUUUACUUCUGGACUAUGGUGCAAAACAGUACAAAACCAACUUUGUUACAUGUACUUUGUAGGAAAACUAAGGUGCUGUCUUCACCACCACUACCCGCAGCCACCACAAAAUUUGUGUUGCCCUUAUUCCUCAAAUGUAACAAACACUACAAAUUUUAUAUUCUUUUAAAUUUCCUCUAAUCGUAUAAGCUUUUUGUAUUUAUCUGGAGCGGUGUACAAGCCUUUAGCAUCUGCAUUUUUAACAGUUUGGAUGUACUUAUUAGCUGUCUUAUUCCCAAACUAUAUCCAGUUCUUCCCGUAUAGAAUUUGGUGCUUCCUGACCAAAAAGGUGAGAAUGACAUCAAAAAUCUAUAUGCUGUCUGUUGAAAUGGAGUGAAAACAUUGAUUAUUCAUGUUUUCUUUUAAAAAUAAUUUUCCCACUCAUUAAAAAAACUUGCUGUCUUUCUUAUACUCACCCUCUUUUAUGCAUAUCAAUAGUAUUUAUGGAAUGUGUUCUAUAAUUGUGUAAUUGUAGAUACAGUUACGUAUUGUCCAGUGAUGUCCUAAGGCAGGCCUUAUUGCUGUAUCUUUUCUACCUUAUUUGUAAUAGAAACUAUAGAAUGUAUGACUAAGAAGUCACUUUGAGAUUGACUUUUUUAAAAAGUUAUUACCUUCUGCUGUUGCGAAGUGCAAAACUGUGAGUGGAAAUGUUUUAUUCUGACUUAAUAAUAUGUUGAAAUUAGAGAAUACAGUGGGAGGAUUUCUAGAUAUUGCUGCUGCUGUUACCUUAGGUACUUUAGAAAAUUUUCUUUAAUAAACAAAAAUAAACAAAAAUCCCUUUGGUAUUUAAAGUGAAACAUUUAGCCUGUUUGUUUUAAUCUAAAACAAAAAGUAAUUUGGGUCAACAUAUUGGUAUAUUUGUAAAGGGCCUUAAUAUAUCCCUUUGUGAAGGCACUACAGUUUACUUUUAUAUUAUAUUGUGUAUAUAAGUAUUUUGUAUUAAAAUUGAAUCAAUACAACACUACAAUUUUAUAAAAUAAUGCUUUGUUAGGAAAAGGAAUUACAGCUUUGCAAUAUAACUAAAUCGUUUGGCAUACUUCUGAAUGUAGUAGAUAUGAAUAAUCAGCCUGCGUUUUUAAUGAAUCUAUUUGUAUUUCCCAAUCAUUUUCUCUAGUGUAACAUUUGCUGGGAUCAUAAUAAAAAAAAAAGCAAAAUUCAGAUCUUUAAA